AUGUGUAAAGAUUGCUGGGGUCUAGCAAAUGGUCUGAGAAUUCCAAUUUGGAAAGCUCUGUACCGCGAAGGAGAGGUUCUGGGAGUUACGUCUGAGUUGAACUUGUAUGGUGGUGUGCAGGGGGGUAGACAGCGUUGGUGUUUUUUGCAGGGAAAUGAUGUGGUGCAGGCUGAAGAUGAGGAUUCGGUUGUGGUGUGGAAUUUGAGGAGUGGAAAGGCGGUGAAGGUUGAGGGGGUGGGGAGGUAG